CCUGUUGACUACUCCUAUCUAAUUCAGCCAUUUAUCAGCAUCGAGUUUAGUACAUUGCUGCCUACAUCCCUUCCCCACUCCCCUACAUCGCCACUGACUGCCUUCCUCAUCAACCAUGGCUGAGAAGGUCACUGUAAUGAGACUCAAGGUUGAUCUUCAAUGCCCCAGCUGCUACAAGAAGGUCAAGAAAAUCCUCUGCAAAUUUCCUCAAAUCAGAGACCAGGUAUAUGAUGAGAAGCAUAAUCUGGUGACCAUCACCGUGGUGUGCUGUAGCCCCGAGAAAAUCCGCGACAAAUUAUGUUGCAAGGGUGGCAAAGUCAUUAAGAGCAUUGAGAUUGUGGAGCCACCCCCACCACCCGCGAAACCCAAGGAGCCCGAGAAGCCCAAAGAGCCAGAGAAGCCGAAGGAGCCCGCAAAGCUCAAAGAGACAGAUAAGCCUAAAGAGCCGGCGAAGCCUAAAGAACCCGAGAAGCCUAAAGAGCCCGAGAAGCCCACAGUGGUUGUGGUUGAAAAACCAAAACAUCCCGACAAACCCUCAUUUGAACCGAUCCUAGUAAUCCCACCACCGCCACCACCAGCACCGGUUCCAGUUGAACCGUGCUUGCACCCGCCACUUCCAGUGGGGGUCUGUUGUUUCCCAUGUUCGGAAGGGUACGGCGGGGGACCAUGCUACUAUGGGUACGGGCGGCCCGUGCCCCCGGUACCCAGUUAUGAUAGCUAUGGUUAUGAGCACGGGUAUGGGUAUGGGUAUGGGAACGGGUAUCCGUAUAGCCGCUGCGAUUAUUUCAGUGAGGAGAACACUGGGGGCUGUACGAUUAUGUGAGAGGAGUAGAGAAUUUGAUGAGGUUACCUUACUGUGAUCCUACUACAAUAUGGUAUGAUAUGGCAUGAAAACUGAAAAGCAUCCAAAUUAAUCAAUUAAUUUUGUUUGAUGGGUGGUACAUGCAAUGAAUGCAUCGAAACAAAAUAACAAUACUACGUAGUUAUGGCCUUAGGCCCCUCAUAGACCUAUGGAAGGAUGAAGAAAAUAAUAAUGUGUAUAUGAUUAUGAACUAUGGAGGGAGGGAGAGAGAGAGAGAAAUGUGCGGGCUUAUUCAAGUUGGAGGUCAAUUACAAUAAGCUUUCGUAUGUACC